UUUUACGCCUAGCUUGGGGAGAUAUUGUCAGCUGUUGUUUGAUUGAUGUCAAAAUUAAACAAGUUAAAAAUAUCAGAAAUGAAAUGUGUAUGAUUUAUAUCAAGUUGUAGUUGAAUUUCUAUCGUUAAGAAAUUAUUAUCAAACUAUUUUUUUCAUCACUCAACUAAUUGCUUUAAUGAUUUAGGUCAUGCCAGCUAAGUCUGAAGCUUUGAUUGCACAGAGGCAAGAAUCGUUGUGGUGUGUGGAGGAGCUGAAGACUGUGCAAAUGACAGUCUGACAUGGAAGGGUCUUCGUUAAAACCUCAUGAAGAAGACUCGUUGUCUAAGCGACUUCGUCUGUCUCUGGACGUGGGUGUCCACGGCCACGCUGGUUCAACUUAUACGAAAUUGAAACAAAACUCUACUUCUCACCACCGUAAUCACAGUUUGGAUUUUCGCUUGACCAACGGUGUGCAGCAACAAACUCACCACCGAAACCGCAGUUUGGACUCUGUUCUUCAACAAAUUCCAGAAAGUGGCUCUUCCCACUACCACCAACCGCUCCAUUGCCAGAUAACUAAACUCCAUGACGCCAGUAGUGACAGUGUCUCCCUCUCUCUGGACACCCCUCUUUCGUCUGCCAGUCCAUCUUGCAUUAACCCUGUCCGUGACAAUACGGACAGGACUAGUUUAGCAUCCGAUGACAGUGGAAUCUUCAACUCGGACGAUGGGGAACGCCAGCAGCGGUUAGUGACGGACUCUGUUCAGAGCUGCCUGUCCCAACAUUCCUUGUCUUGCGAAAUGCCCAGAAACACGGACUUGUCCGAAGAAACGGUGGAUGAAUCUGUGAGCGAAGGACUCUCCAAUUUGAGUGAAUCCAAAUCUGAAGUGGUGAUGUUUCCUAAGCCUCCACCCAAAGAAUCGCUCUUGCUUCGUCUGUUUGAGUCUACGUUGUUCGAUAUGUCCAUAGCCAUUACUUAUCUCUUCAACUCGAAAGAGCCUGGAGUUCAAACAUAUCUAGGCAAUCGAAUGUUUACUUUUGAUGAUCAAAGUGUUGAUUUUUAUCUGCCUCAGCUCGUGAGCUUGUACGUCCAUCAUUCCGAUCUUGCUGAAGCUAUACAUCCUUAUCUUGUGUACAGGUGUCGUAAUAGUGUAGAAUUUUCUCUUCAACUUGCAUGGUUGUUGCAAGCAUUUUGUUCUGAAAAUACGCCGUCCCGUAAAAAGUCACAGGGCUCAAAGCUGAAGAAAAUGAUCUUGUCUGAAGAACUAAGGCCUAGAGAGUCAGUUAAGCCAUGUCCCCCUACUGGUCCUAUCUUAUCACCAAAAAAAACUCACCAGAGAUCCUACUCGGAUGCUACCGGUCUUGGAGGAAAUACUGCUAUGAGGAGAAGCGUGUCCACAACUAGCUCAUUAAGUAAACAUGCUCCCAAAGAUUUGGCUUCUGGAAGUGCAUUUGAUAAUGGAUGCAGAUGCUUUGAUAGUUGCAGAAGCAUUUGUAGUGAUCUCAGGGGCCAAGUAGUACACUGCACUUGUCAGGCCCCUCGAUUAGGAGCAGAACAAGAUUUUGUUCAAGCAUUAAUGUCAAUAGGUCUACGUCUACAACCUGUUCUCACCAAGGAAUUGAAAACUCAAAAACUACAAGCUGAGUUGUCAAUGCUAAAUCUCAAUCUUCCUGCUCGAGUAUGGCUUCCUAUCCAUUCAGAUACGAUGAAACACCUGAUCCUGCGUAUACCACCACAGGCUUCUGUAGUAUUGAAUUCCAAAGAUAAAGCACCCUAUUUGAUAUACGUUGAAGUAAUUGAAGUUGACGACAUCCAUGGUUCACCUGUUCCCCCCAAAAUGAUCAAUGCUUUAAGGCAAACAAGAUCAGAAGAGAAUCUCCCCGAAUAUUUUCAUAGUCAAGAUUUCAGUGGUGUGUCUUUUUCAAUACAUCCUGCAAUGGAUAAUGAUGCUGAUUGUUGGACACAAGAAGAUGAUGACAUUUCUUUGCAGUAUGCUGCCCGUCUGAAACCUAAAGACAGAGAUGCCCUAUCUGAAAUGUCUCAAGAUAGUGGAACUAGUGCAGAUAGUAGGGAACCUGCAUAUGUGGCUGCUGGUGAAAUCCGUAGGAGGUUAUCAGAAAAUAUUAAUGCUCCGAAGAGUACCUUUAAGAGAGAUCCUGAAGAUCCAUCUGCUGCUGCCUUGAAAGAGCCUUGGGAAGAGAAAGUGAGGCGUAUCAAGGAAUCCUCCCCAUAUGGUCACUUGCCAAACUGGAAUCUGCUCUCUGCCAUCAUCAAAUGUGGGGAUGAUUUGAGGCAAGAGCUGAUGGCAUAUCAGCUACUUGCAACAUUGCAGAAAAUUUGGGAACACGAGCGAGUUCCCCUUUGGGUGCGGCCUUAUCGCAUCCUUGUAACUUCAGAAGACAGUGGCAUGAUCGAACCCAUUUUGAACACAGUCUCAUUACACCAGAUCAAGAAACAUAGCAAAAUGUCUCUCUUACAGUAUUUCCUUCAAGAAUUUGGUGGUACUACAUCUGAGGCAUUCUUAACUGCACAGAGAAAUUUUGUUCAGAGUUGUGCAGCCUAUUGUCUCGUUUCGUACCUUGUUCAAGUCAAAGAUAGACAUAAUGGAAAUAUUCUGUUGGAUGGUGAAGGCCAUAUCAUUCAUAUAGAUUUUGGAUUUAUUUUAUCCUCCUCGCCUAAGAAUUUGGGUUUCGAAAAUUCUCCCUUCAAGUUGACACAAGAGUUUGUUGAUGUUAUGGGUGGACCAGGGAGUGAUAUGUUUGAAUAUUUUAAAAUCCUUAUGCUCCAAGGUCUUGUUGCAGCUCGUAAGCACCAUGAGAAGAUUGUUACUUUAGUGGAAAUAAUGCAAGCCUCUUGCCAACUUCCUUGUUUCAAAAAUGGUGCUAGUGCUAUUCGAGCACUCAAAGAUAGGUUCCACAUGAGCCUUACUGAAGAGCAACUUCAACUUCUUGUUGACACUAUGGUAGAAUCGAGCAUGCAUUCAAUAACUACCAAAUUAUACGACAAUUUCCAAUAUAUUACCAAUGGUAUUCUGUAAGAAUUCCACCAACUGAAGUGCACUUUUUUUUUUUUUAAUCUUGUUUCUCCUUUAAUCCUGUGCAUAGGAUUGGAUAAUGCUGAACUAGCUUUUGAAUCGGUCUGUUUUUACAGGAAGUUAUCUCAUCCUGUUUUGAACUACUGUAGUGUGUAUUAUAAGAGGAUGUAUGUAAUUCUGUAAGUAUGGUAAUAUGUUAUGAAGAAAAUAUUUUUGCUGUACAGAUACAUGUUAGUCUCCGUCUGUGACUUCUUAACUGUUGUUGCAUCAACUGCAGGUCUUGUCUGUUGUUAAAAACUAGUGAUUUACCUCAGCUUUGAUGUUCCAUAGCGCAAAAAAACUCUUGUAAUUUAUGUGUUUUGAAAAGCGUCUGACAGUUUGUUUUUUUGCAUUCUUUUAAUGACUUUCGUAAACAUUAAAAUCAUGCCUCAUUGAAGUUGAAUUUUAAAAGGUGAUUUUAAUGUGUGCAGUUGAUUUUGUCUAUUUUCAUUGGAAAUGAAAUAUUUUACAUCAUGAUAAACUAGUUAUUUAAAAAAAUUUUAUAAUUCUUUUGAUUAACAAUUUUUUUUAUGUAUAAUUUUCAAAAACUGAACUUUUUUUUUUUUAAUUUUCCUUUAUAUUUAUUUACAAUUUUAUUUUUUAUCCUUGUAUAAUAAUUUUAUAUUUUAACAAUUCCGUAUCCAGCUCUCUUACUUCACAUGAUUUUUCAUUCACUUCUAUGGAAGUAACAGUAUUAUAGAAAAAAAUUUUAAUACUUUAAUGAAUAAUUUGACCAAUGUCAUCUGCCAUCUUCUUACUAUGGUAAUAUUACUAACAACCACAAAGUACUAUCUGGAAAGUAUCACUAGUCUUUCAAAAUAAUAUUUUUUAAAAAAAUCUUACAAGUUAUUUGAUCUUGCAUCAAAAAUACAUACGAUUUCCUAGGCAUAAAGUUAAGUUGUAGAUGUAAAAAUAGAUGGACUGACUUUGUUCUCCUGAAUGACUUGUUUGAUUUUUUCCAUAGUAUUCAUGAAAGAUUAUAUAUUCUUAAAUUUUCAUGUAAAAUAUAAGUGAUAUAUUUCUUCUUUCAGAGAUAGUGAUAAAAAUUAUGCUUCUUGUCUGAUUAUUUUUUAAGAAAUUUUCUAUUCCAGUCUGCAGUUGUAUGGAAUUCCAUUCUUUCUUUUCUUUUUUAACUUUGAUCUUUUAUUAGAUUUUGCAUGUGAAUUCUCUGUAGUAUGCAAAAGCAUUAUCCAUUCUGUAGAUUGUUGUAUGGAAGCAUGAUUUUUUUUGUACAUAUGCAGUUAUUAAUCAUGUACUUUAAGGAUCAAAUAAAUUCUUUAUAUAUAUAUAUA